AUGACCUUGCCUCUCUUUUUUUCAGUCAUGAGCCUCAACUGUUCCUUGUGGCAGGACAAUAGCAUGUCUGUGAAACGCUUUGCCUUUGCCAGAUUCUCUGAGGUCACUGAACAGUGUUUCCUUUUGUUUACCCUCAUCCUGCUCAUGUUCUUAUCAUCACUGACGGGCAAUGCUCUCAUAGCUACUGCCAUCUGGACCAACCCGGUCCUCCACACCCCCAUGUACUUCUUCCUGGCCAACCUGUCUCUCUUGGAGAUUGGCUACACGUGUUCUGUCACACCCAAGAUGCUGCAGAGCCUUGUGAGCGAGGCCCGAGGAAUCUCUCGGGAGGGGUGUGCUACGCAGAUGUUUUUCUUUUUGUUACUUGGUACCAGCGAGUGCUGUCUCUUGGCCGCCAUGGCUUUUGACCGCUAUAUGGCCAUAUGCUCCCCACUUCACUAUGCAACACGAAUGAGUCGUGGAGUGUGUGUCCAUUUGGCAAUGGUAUCUUGGGGAGUGGGGUGCAUGGUAGGCUUGGGCCAGACCAACUAUAUUUUCUCCCUGGACUUCUGUGGCCCCUGUGAAAUAGACCACUUCUUCUGUGACCUCCUCCCUAUCCUGGCACUUGCCUGUGGGGAUACCUCCCAUACUGAGGCUGCAGUCUUUGUUGCAGCCAUUCUCUGUGUUUCCAGCCCAUUUUUACUCAUCAUUGCUUCUUAUGGCAGAAUUCUAGCUGCCGUGCUCAGCAUGCCCUCACCUGAGGGUCGCCGAAAAGCUCUUUCCACCUGUUCUUCCCACUUACUUGUAGUAACACUCUUCUAUGGCUCAGCAUCUGUCACCUACUUGAGACCCAAGGCUAGCCAUUCACCAGGAAUAGAUAAACUCCUAGCCCUCUCCUAUACCGUGGUGACAUCCAUGCUCAACCCCAUCAUCUACAGUUUACGGAACAAGGAAGUCAAGGCAGCUCUUAGGAGAACUCUAGGCAAGAAAAAGGCACACAACCUAAGAUUAAAGAAAGAAAGAGAAGAGCAGAAUGAGGAAAAACCAGGGGGAAAGAGGCUGUCCGAAGCACCUAACCAAAUGCCCUGUUUUGGGGGUGACAUUCUAGUCAACUCUCUGCCAGGCCUGGGGGUGCUCUCUGACCUAACUCGUCUAAGGGUGACCACUCCUUUUACCAGCUUUGACAUCAGAAGGUCCCUCACCUAG